GCAGCAGCAGGGGCAAAUCUCUGUUCUCAUCUCUGAGAUUUAUUUGUUACGAUUGAAUUAUUGAUAAAUAAAUGGUAUUCCUGCUCGCCGCCGGGAGAGGCGCUGCUUUUGUUGCAGGCCGCCGAUUGCGCACUUGUUUAUGCACAGGUCUACAUUUGCUUGAGAAGACUGAUGAUAUUGUGCCUUCAAGUUUUAAGUUGCUCCGCUUCAGCUUAUAUCGUUAUGUUCUAAGACCUGGGCAUUUUCACACAACAGUUUGUGAAUCCAUUGAUAGUCUACAAAAAGAGACAGAAUCAGCUGGUGAUGGGGAAAAAGUUAGAGAAUCAGCUGAAAUUUUCAAAGAAUGGGGUUGUAGUGAGAGUGAUAUAUCCAAGAUUUUCGAGCGACGUUCGUCUCUACGAAAGAUGGACAUUCAUAACCUUCGAUCAAAGCUCGACAUACUUUCUCGCUUGGGCGUAAAAUCAGCUGACCUUGUAAAAAUGAUACACUGCCGUCCCCGCUUGCUUAACUGCAGAAUCAACAUUGAUCUGAAUGAGCGCCUCGUGUAUUUGGAGGGUUUGUUUGGAUCGAAGGAGGUACUAGUGAAGGCCAUUGUGCGGAAUCCUUCUCUACUGACCUAUGACUUCCACAACAAAGUGAAACCCGUCAUUGCCAUGUACGAGUCGUUGGGCCUUAGUAAAAAUGACUUGAUAACCGUGCUUCUCUCUCGCCCCACUUUGAUCCCACGCACUAACCUGAACGAAGAGAAGAUAGAUUACAUCCGGAGAACUGGAGUCUCAGAGCAUUCAAAAAUGUACAAACACGUGGUAUCCAUAGUUGCCAUAUCACGCAUGGAGACCAUCCAUGAGAAGAUGAUGAAUAUGGAGAAAUACGGGCUUUCGGAGGAUGACUAUCUUGGCCUCAUCGGACGCUCUCCGCUCGUGCUGACUCUAUCCGUUGAUAAAGUCCAGAGGAACAUGACAUAUAUUCUCGGUACAAUGAAACUACCAGCCAGCGUGGUAGUUCAUAACCCGUUCUUGAUCUUCUUCAACCUGGAGAGGGUCUUGAAACCGCGUUUCCAGAUAGCAUGUAAAAUCGAGGAUAUGGGACUUACUCCCCAGAUAAAGGGACCACUGUUGUUGAGAGCGAUGAGGAUGUCGGAUAAAAGAUUCACCAAGGCGUUUAUAUCUUGUCACCCCGAGAGCGUGGCAAAGGAGCUGCUCUCAGCAUAUAAAGACGCGAAAUGCGUGAAAAGGUUAGCUGAGUCCUCGAAGAAGAACUUGCAUACAGGAUUCCCUUUCUGAAUUGUAAAAAGAGAGUUGUAGUAUAUCUUUAGAACAGCUGUGGAUGGUAUUUUUCUCACUCUUUCUACUCUUUUCCCCAUUGAAUCAGUUAGAAUAGUUACGUUUACUUUAUGUAGCUUUAUGUAUAACAUUUUUCUGUAAUUUUAAAUAUGUGGUGCUAAUAAUCUUAGAUGAGAUUAGAAAUGCA